CACACCUGGUCUCACUACACAGCAAAAUCACAACAGAAAAAUUAAGCGCUUCUAUACAAUCAGUUUUCAGGCAUUUCGGAAGUCAACUAAAAGAAAAUGGGCGAGCGCUACAACAUCCACAGCCAGCUGGAGCAUCUUCAGAGCAAGUACAUCGGAACUGGGCACGCGGAUACCACCAAAUUCGAGUGGCUGACCAACCAGCACCGCGACUCGCUGGCCAGCUACAUGGGUCACUACGACAUCCUUAACUACUUUGCCAUUGCCGAGAACGAAUCGAAGGCAAGGGUGCGGUUUAACUUGAUGGAGCGCAUGCUGCAGCCCUGCGGACCACCCCCGGAAAAGCUAGAGGACUAAGAAAUUUCAACUUAAAUUAAAUAUAUUGUAGAAAGAAAUAAAAUGCAUUUUCCA